AUGGAGCACCCACCGCCGUCCAUCUUCAUCUCUCCGGAUCCUCCACCUUUCCCCGAUUCGGCUUCGGCUUCGGCCUCGGCCGCGGUCUCCCCCAGCCACAGGAGCGUAGACAUGGCCCCUCUUGAGUUCGUCCUCGCCUUAAUCGCCAUCAUCACCAUCCCUGCCCUCAUCUACACUUUUUUCUACUCCAUCAAGUGCCCAUCCUCCCCCUCCCGCCCCCGAUCCCGCCGCCGCCGCGGCGAUGCGACCUCCUCCGACGCCGACACCGACGAUGCCCCACAUCCCGCGGCGCCUCCUCCGCCUGAGAAGCUCCGCGAGGCCGCCGUCAAGUACAGGAAGGAGAGCCACGCCAAGGAGAUUGGGAGCGAAUGUCCCGUGUGCUUGUCGGUGUUUGCCGACGGGGAGUCGGUGAAGCAGCUGAGCGCCUGUAAGCACUCAUUUCACUCGCCCUGUAUCGACUUGUGGCUCAAUUCGCAUGCCAAUUGUCCCGUCUGUCGAGCCUCCGUUGCCGUCAAGAUUCCUCCUCCUGCGGCGGCGGCGGCGGAGAGCUCUGGAGGGAGGCGGCAGGGAAGGGGUGAUCAAGAUCUGCAUCAGGGGCUUCCCGAUGCCGGUAGCUUGGUUUGA